AUGGCAGGCUCAGCGACCGCUGGUUUACACCCGCUUCCGGAUGGCAGCCAUCAAGCCGGCGGCGGGGUGUCGGGGAAGGUGCACACGGUCAGAAGCCUCAACGGCCCUGUCCUCGCUCACCUUCAGAAGGUCUACGCAGCCCACGCCGGCUCCGAUAAGGAAUGGAGCCCCGAGAAGGCGGCCGCCUUUCUAAAAGACAUCCAGUGCGACACCGAUGCUGAGCGCUCUCUCGAGCUGAGCACUGGGAAACCUUGGGAUUUGAACGCCUUCCUCCGGUACAUGACGUCCUCCAUCACCCACGCCGUCGCGCCGCCUCACGAGGAGGAUCUCUCGUGGCCGCUGUCCAGUUACUUCGUUAGCUCGAGCCACAACACAUACCUUACAGGCAACCAGCUGUCGAGCGACUCCAGCGCCGACGCCUACAAGAACGUGCUCCUGCGCGGCUGCCGGUGCAUUGAGGUCGAUGUCUGGGAUGGCGACGACUCCGACAACGAAGCGGGUACUAGCAGCAGUAGCGAUGAUGACGAGGAGGCCAAGACCACGCGGAAGCCGCGUCUCAGCAGGAUGACGGGCAAGCUCCCCAAAUCUCUCACGAGCCGGCUGGAGAAGACAAACCUGGGUAAGAAGAUGGGCAGAUUGGCGACCAUCAAAAGACUCUCCCGCUCAUGGUCCAAAAAAGCAGGAAACACGACGGGAACCCCGACCGCUACGACUGAAGUGACCACAACGACGAAGGACGCCUCAACCACGAGCCCGCCGGCGAGCCCGCUGACAAAGGUCACCAGCGCGAAGGAGCCGAGGGUCCUACACGGGUAUACACUGACCAAGGAGGUGUCGUUCCGCGAGGUGUGCGAAGCCAUCAGGGACUACGCCUUCGUCGUGACGGACACGCCGUUGAUCGCCAGCCUCGAAGUCCACUGUAGCGCGGAGCAGCAGGAGACCAUGAUCGCCAUCAUGCACGAGACGUGGGGCGAGUUCCUCCUGCCCGAGCCCAAGGAGGACGCCACGCACUUACCCUCCCCGGCCGAGCUGCGCGGCAAGAUCCUCGUCAAGGUGAAGUAUGCCCCGCCCGAGGGCGGCAGCCCGCUCGGGACCGAUGGCGAGGAGGACGCGUCCACGGCCAAGAGCAAGAAGCCGUCCAAGAUCAUCCAGGCGCUCAGCAAGCUGGGCAUCUACACGCGCGGCGUGUCGUUCAAGAGCCUAACGCAGGCCGAGGCGACCAUGCCCACGCACAUCUUCUCGCUGUCGGAGAAGGGCGUGAUGGAGGUCCACGAAAAGAGCGCGCUCGAGCUGUUCGAGCACAACCGGCGCUACCUGAUGCGCACCUACCCAUCGGGCCUGCGCAUCCGCUCCUCCAACCUCGACCCGGUCGUCUUCUGGCGCAAGGGCAUCCAGGUCGUUGCGCUGAACUGGCAAAACUGGGACGAAGGCAUGAUGCUGAAUGAGGGCAUGUUUGCCGGCACCAGCGGAUACGUUCUCAAGCCCGAGGGUUACCGCAUGACCAAACACCUCCCCGCCACCACCACGCCCACCCCGCCGCCGGCAACGAACCCGCAAGCAGUCGCCGUCCGGCACUACACGAUGGACCUAACCCUCGAGAUCCUCGCCGCCCAAUCCCUGCCCCUCCCACCGGGCGACGAGAAAGAGUCCUCCUUCCGACCAUACGUCAAAGUCGAAAUCCACGUCGAAGAACCCGGCGAGCGGCACGGCGCGGCCGGCGCCGACGCCGUCCCCGCGGACGGGCGCGAGAAGGAGGGCGAGUACAAGGCCAAGACCAAGUCGAUGAAGGGGUGCGACCCGGACUUUGGGGGGCAGGCCCUGCGCUUCGACGCCGUCCCCGGCGUCGUGCCCGAGCUGUCCUUCGUGCGCUUCCUCGUGCGCGACGACGAGCUCGGCCGCGACUCGCUGGCCGCGUGGGCUUGUGUGCGCGUGGAUCGGCUGAGGGCCGGGUUAAGAGGCGAUGCCUUGCGCCGCGACAUCCAUGAACAACCGCCAACUUCCUGCAUCUCUCUUCCCCGCAUAUAUCGAUCCUCCGGGGAUACAAUGAGCAAGCCAGGCUUCUCCUUUGGCCUCAAGAAGGCGGGCGCCUCCAAACCGGCACCCGCGCUUCGAAAACCAGCCCCCUUCGGCGGAGGCGAUGAUGACGGCUCAGGAGACGAGUCGAAACCAACCAACAUAGCGCAGGUCUCGGAGCUCAGCAUAUUCGACACCAAACAACCCACAACCCCCAAUGACUCCCCCGACCGUAGGAAAAAGAAACCCAAAAACCAACCCAUACCACCCCCCCCCUCAACCAACCAAUUCACCGACCUCUCCAGCGCCCUCACCUCACGCAAGCACGCCGCCUCCGCCGCGGCCGCCGACCCCUCCAUCUACGACUACGACCUGGCCUACGACUCCUUCAAAGCCGCGAAAGCCUCCGCCACCACCGACCCGGACCCAACCGCCACCGGCGAACCCAAAAAACCGCGGUAUUUCAGCGCGCUGCUCAGCGCAGCCGACGUGCGCGAGCGGGACCGACAGGUGGCCGAGGAGCGGCGGCUGCAGCGGGAGCGCGCGGCCGAGGGCGACGAGUUCGCGGACAAGGAAAAAUUCGUCACGGAGGCGUACCGCCGCCAGCAGGAGGAGAACGCGCGGCUGCGGGCCGAGGAGGAGCGGCGCGAGGAGGCGGAGCGGAGUCGGAAUCGCGGGCGGGGGAUGGCGGAUUUUUAUAAGGGGAUGCUGGAGAGGGGGGAGAGGGAGCAUGCUAGGUUGGUGAGGGCUGCGGAGGAGGGGGACGGUGAGGUCGUGGAUAAGAGGCAGCUGCUCAGGGGCGGGCUGAAUGUCGGCGCCAAGAAGAAGGUCGAGGUGCAGCAGGAGAAAGAGAGGCAAGCGCAGGCUGCGGCAGCGGCUGCGAGGGCGGGGGCCGCGGCGCAGAGUAAGGGGGUGUAUGCGGCGGGCGGGAAGCAAGCGAUGCGCGAGCGCCAGACGAGAGUGUUGGAGGCGCAGCUCGAGGAGACGCUGAAGCGGUCGAGGCAGGAGGAGGCGGAAGAGGCCGCCAAGGUGCAGCUUGCGAGCAAGAGCAGGAAGACGGAUGCUGAUAUCUCGAGCGCCAAGGAGAGGUAUCUGGCGAGAAAGCGGGCGGCAGAGGAGGCGAAAAAGAACGGCGCGGAGGGGCCAUAA